CGGUCGGUGGCCGGGCGGCCGAACGACCCCGGAGCAGCCUGGUCCAGCGCCCCGCGCCCCCAGCUCGUGCCUCUUACCCGGCCCGCGGCGGUGGGUGCGCGGCGCGCUGACCUUUGCGGAGGGGCCGGGGGCUCAGCAUCGGGCCGGGGCCGGGGGGGCGCCGGGGCCGGGGGGCGGCGCUCAGGCCCGGCCCGGCCCCGCCCGAUGUCCAUGAGCGCGAACACCAUGAUCUUCAUGAUUCUGGGGGCGUCGAUCGUGAUGGCCAUCGCGUGCUUGAUGGACAUGAACGCGCUGCUGGACCGAUUCCACAACUACAUCCUCCCGCACCUACGGGGCGAGGAUCGCGUCUGCCACUGCAACUGUGGCCGGCACCACAUCCACUACGUGAUCCCGUACGACGGGGACCAGUCAGUGGUGGACGCCUCCGAAAACUACUUCGUGACAGACAACGUCACCAAGCAGGAGAUCGACCUCAUGCUGGGGCUGCUGCUCGGUUUCUGCAUCAGCUGGUUCCUGGUGUGGAUGGACGGCGUCCUGCACUGCGCCGUGCGCGCCUGGAGGGCUGGUCGGCGCUACGAUGGCUCGUGGACCUGGCUGCCCAAGCUGUGCAACUUGCGGGAGUUUGGCCGGCGGCCGCACAGGCCCUUCGAGGAGGCGGCCGGGAAUAUGGUGCACGUGAAGCAGAAACUCUACCACAACGGCCACCCGAGCCCGCGGCACCUUUGAGCCGCGCGCAGGACUCUCGGGGCCGCUGGCCACCGCGCCCACGUACACGGGACUGGAUGGCCACCUGGGCCAGGGCGCCCGGGCCGCCGGGCGUGUCCAGCGGAAGGUGCUGUCUCCUCUUUUUUUUAUAAAGGGGUCGGGGUGGGGCCGGUCUGGGGGCAGGACCCCGGUCUCCAGGGCUGGGCAGGGUGCAGGGAUUUGGCGUGGCGCGGGCCCUACCACGUCCUGCAGCCCAGCCUGCGCCUGGCCUGGGACCACGUCUGUUACUUAAAACCGGCUGUUUCCUGUGGGCCCGUGUCCUUCCCCGUUCUGAUGGAGGGGAGGCCGGGAGAUGGUCUACGCAGGGAAGGGGGCCGGACCUCGGCCGCACCGACGUCUGCACACGGGAGCAUGUGCAUGGGGCGUGUG